UCCCCUUACAAUCAUCAGAUAAUGGAUGGGAUGGUUAAGAUCACAUGAUUUGAUCAAUUUCCACCUUUAACAUACCCAUGCUGGUCACAUAAAGUGAUGGAUUUCAUCAACACAAUGUACUCGUGUUGUAUUGAUAAAUCAUCUUUGCUGUCUUUCCAACACAGAUUAGGAUUCAUUUAUAGAAAAAUCACUCUGAGAAAGUAGACAACUCAAGAAACUAACAACUUGCACCAUCUCGGUCAUCAGGUUUCCGUAAUGCUCCAAUUAGAAACCAGCUGUGAGAAUUUUCUUUUUAAGUCUGCAUCAUCAUCUGUCAAAUCAUAUGGUUGCAAAGAUGAGUCGCUUAAGGAUUCAGAGUUCACACUUGCAUCAUCAUCAUCUUCUUUGUCUUCUUCAUCAGAUAUAGUCAUAUUAUUUAGCAUUGAUGGAUCAAUAAUCUCAUCUGGAUCAAUCAUCUUUAACUCAGAUAACUUCUUAUUUUUACGCUUCGUUUUGGUAUUUAUUCUGGCAUCAGCAUUGUCUACUUCCUUGUUUGACCCAGUAAUAGAAGAUAUUUUCACAUCACCAUGAAUCUCUUUUUUUCCAUUCAAACUGGAUGAAAUCCCCUUGGAUUGGGUAGAAAACCCAAAUUCCCAGUCAAUAGUUUCUCCAUUGAAACUAUCAUCAAGGUAUAGAGGAUUUUUUGGGUCAACCACUUUAGAGAACACCAAUGCAACAGAGCUAGCCAUUCUCCUUACUAAAUGCAUAGGACUCUCCAGCCUACCUGCCAGAAGUUAG